AUGUUUGUUGGCAGGGAAAGAUUUGCCACAUUGCUAUUGAUGAGACUUACAGAAACGGUCAUCUUAUGGCUUUCAGAAGACCAUAGUUUUUGGGAUGAUAUUGAGGAAGGACCAAGGCCAUUAGGCCCUCUUGGUCUUCAACAGUUCUGUUUGGAUAUGAAGUUUGUUAUUUGCUUUGCUUCCCAAGGGCGUUAUCUAUCUCGAAAUUUGAACCGAGUUGUUAAUGACAUCAUAUCUAAAGCUCUGCAAGCAUUUGCUGCAACAGGGAUGGAUCCAUACAGGUAG